GUUGGUUUUAUUGUUGAAGAUAAUGAUGUGAGUGUAGAGCCAAACAUAAAUGCACGGCUAAGUAAUGUUGAAAAAGAAGUGAAAGAUUUGAGAGGAGACUUAAAUAACUUAGUCGUUGGUGUCAGUCAAUCAAUAGAAUCUGCCAAAGAAGAGAUUUUGAUAGCAAUUGUAAAGGUAGCUAAUGGGUCAUGGGCUAUUGAGAAGGAGAAACACUCUCAUGAUAUCGAUUGUCAAUUGAAAAAUGAAGAUAUCUUGGAUGACAAAUGGAGUCCCCCACCUUAUGCUUUCCAAGAUCGUACGUCUCAUAUGGAUAAACAACUCAAACAAGAAAAUGAGGGAUUGCCUAAGAUUCCAUUAGGUGAUUAGUUCACAUCGUCCGUAUCUCCAUUUGCCCCAUUUUUUAGUGAACAUGAGCUACUACAACCAAAGUUACCAAAAGUGAUUUUAAAAAGGUCAAUUCCGGUAGAUGAUGGUGCCGAGUCUUCAACAGUUUUGCCUUAUCAUAUGAAGCUUAGGAGGGAAAGCAAACGAAAAAAAAGCAAACAUAUACUUUCACCCUAUGAUGUUGAACUUGGCAAGGAAGCUACAAUGAAAAAUAAACAAGUUGUUGUGUUUCCUGAACAACAUUCGAGAAAGAUUUCUGAGUUGUUGAGUAUGCCAACUCCCAUGAAAGGAUUUGAUUUGCCACCGCUUUUAGUUGAGAAUAAAUUGAUAAGAGACUAUUUGUUUCAUCGUAGUAAAUUGGAAAGUGAAAUUCUUAUUAACUUUGAUAUUCAACAUGGAACGCGCAAAAACAUAUGGACAUUAGAUCGUGGUUGUUGGCUUGAUGGACAAAUAAUUACUUUAGUUGCUUUGCAAUUUACAUUAAAGCAAAAGGAUCGUAUCCCAGAUGCGAAAUAUCCAGCGUGGUAUCUACCUACAUAUUUUUCGGUAAUUUACUUACGCAUUUUACAAUUAAAAGCAUUUGACUACGAAGUUUGUGUUAUUGAUAUUUAUACUAAUUUUUAUGAGUUGUAG